CGGAGUAUAUACUACGUACAUAUGGAGCUCAAAAAUUGUACAUAUUUUUAGUAAAUUCUGGCUUAGGAGGCGCUGUCCGUCAGGUGGCCUUCCGUGAUACCUUCGUGGUCCUUUAUGGGUUUAGCGCCAAUGCGCUAAGCUCACGCCGUGCAAUUGUCAUUCGAAAUGAGGCACAGGCAAACCCACAAUUUUGUGCGGGACAUCCUGGUUCCGGAGGAUCCUCCAUCGCUAACACCAAAGUUUUACAUCUUGCCUGAGGGAAAUAGGCAGCAAUUCGAGGAUGUACAGCGAGGAGUUUGCCAAUACCGACGCCAUUUUAAGGCAGCUGAGUCGGGGAGCUCCCCUGUCUGCGCGGAGCGAAUCGAUCACCUGGCUGACGCCGUGCAACUCUCUGCCCAUUUGGAGUCGCCGGCUAUGUCGCAAUGGACAGGGCAGCCUUCGGCACUCCGGCGUUACUCAGUGCCGGAACUUCGACGUGGAGGUGGCAGACAGGCUGUGGUCGCUGUGGGGCGGUCUGCAUCCGCGGGCUCCUUGGUUCGACGGGAAAGUGCGAGGUCGCCAGACGCUGGGAUGCUGCAUGGUGGCCUGCUGUGUGGCCAGCACAUUCCGCCGCCUUGGCGAGUGGAGCGGGAAGCUGCUCGAUGCGAUCGUGGUUAACGGGGACCGCUACUACCGCGCCAGCGUGGAACAGAGCGAGCGUUGGGACCAACAACUGAAGGUGGAUGAUAUGUGCUGCGAGUGCGAGUUUCAGGACCUUCGAUUCCAGGUGCAAAUGGAGCUCGUGGCCUUCGGACACUUGUACAGCGCACCAGCCAGCACCGCCAUGAGUCUGCUGGAGAGCCUUAACUACUUCUUUACUCGGUACCAAUGGGGUAUCCUGGAGUGCCAGGAACGGCACUUUGCCUUCGGGCACAGCUCUAGCCGUGAUGGAGGCUACUUCCUCUUCGACUGCUCUGCGUGGGACAAGCCCGUUUUCCCGGACGACAUGGGCGCUGCCUACGUGCUGCUGGCGAAGCAGCUGCAGAUGCUGCUCUACUGCGCUGUGGUCACGCUUAAUGUGCGGCGUCGAAAUGUCGAGUUCCGGAUCUACAACGUGGACAUGACCCGCAUGUCCAGCGAUCCCUGAAAUCGCUCCAACGAUCUCCCAGGGAAAUCUUUAUCAACCUAAGCUUCUUAUCAGUUUUGCUGUAUGACGGACAAAUAAAUUGAUGAUGUGACCAAAA